AGAGCUAGGGAGCGGUUGCUGAGCAGGGGCUCUACAGCAGGCAGGCAGCUGUGGCCGCAAACAGUCUGGGGUCUUACACUGGGGACUGAAGCUUUUCCCCUCUGGGAGUGAGUGUACUGGGCGAGAGAAGAGCCGUGGGGGGAGCCGGCUGGGCCCCGGGCUGCGGCUGCAGCCGCUGGGCUGCAGCUCCCCAGCCCAACUGUCGGCGUGCUUGGAGGUACUGGAAAGGUCUUGGCAGGGUGGCUGGACCCUUGACAGUCCCUUUGGCUCCCAGGAGACACUGCCCUCAGUUUGUGACCUGGCAUGAUGACUGGCAUACUUCUGGGUGAAGAGAACAUUUUAGAUUCAGGCUCUGAAUCCAGUUCCAGAUUAUAGACUUGAGGUUUCUGGGCUGUAUGGGUGGUAGAAGCAAAGGACAGAAGGACUCAAAUCCAGGCCAACUGUAUGGUUGUCUGAGGUACUGGAACAGAAGGAGGUCCAUUCCUGUUGGUGACAGCACUGUGGCCCUGUUCUGGGAUGAGCCAGGUAUAAAAGGAGCUGUGAAGUCAGCUGCAACUGAAAAUGUCUGACAGCUUGGAGAACGAAGAAAAACCCCCAGCUCCCCCACUGAGGAUGAACAGUAACAACCGUGAUUCUUCAGCACUCAACCACAGCUCCAAACCACUCCCCAUGGCCCCUGAAGAGAAGAAUAAGAAAGCCAGGCUUCGCUCUAUCUUCCCAGGAGGAGGGGAUAAAACCAAUAAGAAGAAAGAGAAAGAACGCCCAGAGAUCUCUCUUCCUUCAGACUUUGAACAUACGAUUCAUGUGGGGUUUGAUGCUGUCACCGGGGAAUUCACUAACUCCCCUUUCCAGACCUCUAGACCUGUGACGGUCGCUUCAAGUCAAUCAGAGGGAAAAAUGCCAGAUCUCUAUGGCUCACAGAUGUGCCCAGGGAAGCUCCCAGAGGGAAUUCCUGAGCAAUGGGCACGAUUACUCCAAACCUCCAACAUAACAAAAUUGGAACAGAAGAAGAACCCACAAGCAGUUCUCGACGUUCUCAAAUUUUAUGACUCCAAAGAAACAGUCAACAAUCAGAAAUACAUGAGCUUUACAUCAGGAGAUAAAAGUGCCCAUGGAUAUAUAGCAGCACAUCAGUCGAAUACAAAAACAGCUUCUGAGCCUCCUUUGGCUCCCCCUGUAUCUGAAGAAGAGGAUGAAGAAGAGGAAGAGGAAGAAGAUGACAAUGAACCCCCACCUGUCAUUGCACCAAGACCAGAGCAUACAAAAUCAAUCUAUACUCGUUCUGUGGUUGAAUCUAUUGCUUCACCAGCAGCACCAAAUAAAGAAGUCACCCCACCUUCUGCUGAGAAUGCCAAUUCCAGCACUUUGUACAGGAAUACAGAUCGGCAAAGGAAAAAAUCCAAGAUGACAGAUGAGGAGAUCCUAGAGAAGCUAAGAAGCAUUGUGAGUGUUGGGGACCCAAAGAAAAAAUAUACAAGAUUUGAAAAAAUUGGUCAAGGGGCAUCAGGUACUGUUUAUACAGCACUAGACAUUGCAACAGGACAAGAGGUGGCCAUAAAGCAAAUGAACCUUCAACAGCAACCCAAAAAGGAAUUAAUUAUUAAUGAAAUUCUUGUCAUGAGGGAAAAUAAGAACCCCAAUAUUGUUAAUUAUUUAGAUAGCUACUUAGUGGGUGAUGAGCUGUGGGUAGUCAUGGAAUACUUGGCUGGUGGCUCUUUAACUGAUGUGGUCACAGAGACCUGUAUGGAUGAAGGACAGAUAGCAGCUGUCUGUAGAGAGUGCCUCCAAGCUUUGGAUUUCUUGCACUCAAACCAAGUGAUUCAUAGAGACAUAAAGAGUGACAAUAUUCUCCUCGGGAUGGAUGGUUCUGUUAAAUUGACUGAUUUUGGGUUCUGUGCUCAAAUCACUCCUGAGCAAAGUAAACGAAGCACUAUGGUGGGGACUCCCUAUUGGAUGGCACCUGAGGUGGUAACUCGAAAAGCUUAUGGUCCAAAAGUUGAUAUCUGGUCUCUGGGAAUCAUGGCCAUUGAAAUGGUGGAAGGUGAACCCCCUUACCUUAAUGAAAAUCCACUCAGGGCCUUAUAUCUGAUAGCCACUAAUGGAACCCCAGAGCUCCAGAAUCCUGAGAGACUGUCGGCUGUUUUCCGUGACUUCUUAAAUCGCUGUCUUGAGAUGGAUGUGGAUAGACGGGGAUCUGCCAAGGAGCUUUUACAGCAUCCAUUUUUAAAAUUAGCCAAGCCUCUCUCCAGCCUCACUCCUCUGAUUAUAGCUGCAAAGGAAGCAAUUAAGAACAGUAGCCGUUAGAACUGCGAGACCUGCCCCUCACCGUCUCCCUGAUGAGUAAGACUGAACUAAAACUGCUGCAGGAAACAUGGAAGAAAAGACAGCCGAAUGGGGUGGGGGUUCUUUAACUUUAAAGUGAAUAGAAACUUCUUAUAAGCCUUUUUCCUACUCCCUCAGACUAUGUAAUUUAUUUGUAAGCCUGAACCGCAGCCCACACAGGGCAGCAAUGUUGAAGUGACCAUUAAGUGGUCACUUCCACCGUGAAGCGAAAGAGCCAGUAGUGAAUCCCCUCAUUUUGUGCAUUUACUUUGAAGAAAAAGAUUUCUCAAAGAUGCACACUCCCUCUUCAUAGUGUUGUUUGUUUUUAAGUUAGAGAGUAGUCCCUCUUGCAUUCGAACCUCUUUCAAAACUCCUUACCCAAUGUGAUGUUUUUUCACUUGCAUUGUCAUUAGAUGUCCAGAAAAAAUAAAAGAUGUCAAAAUGUUUUUUUUAAAAAAAAUAGAAAGAAAAAAAAGCAAAGAAAAAAAAACACAAAACAAAAACAAACAAAAAUGAAAAAAAUAGAACAAGUGCUGUGUGAAGCUGUGGACGUCCAUGCCCUAAUAGAGUCGCAAUUUCUUCUUCUUCUUCUUCUUCUUCUUCUUCUUCUUCUUCUUCUUCUUCUUCUUCUUCUUCUUCUUCUUCUUCUUCUUCUUCUUCUUCUUCUUCUUCUUCUUCUUCUUCUGUAGUGGUGGCUUGGUUUGUGUACCUAUUUUUCUGCAUUUGUAUUGGAAAAGGUUUCCUUUAAGACACUUUCCAAAAGCAGAGAGGAAUAUGAGUGUUCAGGGUGGGUUUUUUAAAAUUGUGUCUAAACAGAGCUCUAAUUGUGAGAUCCUGUCACAUUUCACAAGGAUGCUUAGGUAGUAGUUGAAUUGUCAUGUAAAGCAGCUUGUUGGCCUCUGUGAUAACAGAAAAAAGACACACACUGAAAAUGUGGCAGCGCUUCUGGGUGAGUCUAGGUUCUAAACCUAGAAUAUCCUGAUUGGAGAAAUCUUACUUACACAAAGAUGAGACUUUCUCUGGGAGCCAAAAGGAAAAUGCAGAACUCCUUGUUGGACAAUAAAUAAGCAAAGAUAAUAGCGAAUUUCUUCCUCUCCUGUGCUCCUGUAACAUAAGCAUUGGACAAUAGGCACAUUAUGAGGAAAUAGAUCCAUUAGCCAACAUUCUUCAUAAUAAAAAUUAUUCAUUUUGACAAUUUGUAACACUUAAGAACUUUUUAAAGAUCAAGAGAGCAGAGAUAUAGUAAAAAAUUCAACUCUGUAAGAAAUGGGAAGUCAGUGAAAGCUACAUCCCAGUCAACAUGGCUCUAAAUAUUUGAUACAUUUUCCCUAUAUAUCUCUAAUCUCUUUUUCAGGAUAUGGUGUGUUCUUAUUUAGUUACUUAGGCUUUUCUCCUUUUAAAGCCUGUUCAUAAAGAUGUUGAAAGCUCACCAAGAAAAUACUUUUGAUCUGUAUUCAUAUAUCCCAAGAACUAUCAGUCCAAUAGAAUUCCUUUUGUGGCUUGAGGAAAAUCCCAAAAUUCUACUGUUAUUUCAUUUUAUAUAUAUAUAUAUAUAUAUAUAUAUAUAUAUAUAUAUAUGUAUGUAUGUAUGUAUAUAUACAUAUAUAUACAUAUAUAUGUAUAUAAAUGUUAGUUAUUUUUAAUCUUCUGAGAGUAGAAAAACAUCUGGAAGGUGUCUGCAUAGAAAAGGAUAUGCUUCUCUUGUGAGUGUAUAGUCAGUUAUAUGAAUUCUAGAAAGUUGUUUCUCUAAGCCUUUGAAAAGCCAGCAACCUAUGCUAUAUAUACAACAUUUCUUAAUUUGUAGAGAUAGAGAAUCUGAAUAGAGUUGACCUACAUUCAGCAAGAGGGGAAAGAGAUCAAUGGCAUAUGCCUUUCUCCUCUGUGAUGUACAUCUGUCCAUUGGACCAUCCAUCCAGUCCUUCAAAUGAAAGCACUUUCUCUAGAGUUUCUGCUGAUCAUAUAGUGCAUAUGUUUAUGUUGAGAAGAUACCACUGGUGGAUUUCCUAUUUUCCUACAUUAUAAAAUUAGGGUAGGGUUUGCCCCUCCUCUGAAAAUAUCCACCAUGGAAUAAAAGACAAAUGUGAAAAGAAAAUAAAAUGAUUAUAUUAGUUUCAUGUUUAUUUUGCAAAGAGGCAUCUGGGCCUAAAAUUCUAAAUGUCAUACCUCUCUACUGAGAGAGGAGGACUCUUAAUUUUUACUUUAUCUUAUUUUAAAUGAAGGAUUUUUCCCACAUGUAGUGCCAGGGAAUUCCACAAAAUACCUGGGAUGCAAAUAGAAUUCAAUUGAUGGCUAUAUUCUGCUAAUAGAGAGAGCCCAAACCCUGGUUGGGAAGUCCAAGACAUCAGUUAACAUCUUUUGCAUGUUGUAAAGGCCUUUGUUGUUGUUAUUGUUGUUGUUGUUUAUUGUUGUUGUUGUUAUUGUUGUUGUUAUUUAGAAGACCCUGGAGCAGUGAUCCUUCAGAUCACUGUUGGCAGAGAAAUGGCUGCUCUUUGUACUCUCCAUUCAGCAUAUUGACAAUGAGGGGCCAGGUACCUAUUUACCAUCACUUUGUACUAAGAUUUAAUAAUCUGUUCCACUAGGGAUUACUUGUACAAAAUUAUAUCUAUGUACAUGUUCAAAUUAGAACAGCUUCUGAAGUCUUUUCCCUGUGUUGAAGAAUUACAUAUAUUUCUAAUAAGUAUUAGAGAGGAACUGUUUCUCAUGCCAAAAUGAUGCUGAAGGAUCCAUAUUUGGGAUACUUGAACAACUUGGCCUCCAGAUGGUUAAUAAUUUAGUCCCUUUCCUUGAUUUUGUUUUAAGCUCAUCUUAAUCCAGGUGAGUCUAUCCAGAUCUUUAAUGUUGCUAGUGUGCCCUGAGACAUUUGUGGGCACAUUUUCGAAUGUUGAUUCAAAAGUCCUGAGACAGGAAUAGGGCAGUGGGAAAGUCAGGGAAGGGUGAGAAGCACAGUAAAGAUUAUUUAUUUAAGAAAGAAUAGAACAUUAAUAUUGUAGCAAGGAUCUGGUUCGUUGUCAUAAUCCCAUGAGGAUUUGGGGAUGACACAGUCCCCCUAAAUCAGUCACCAUGUUGGGAAAUGACUUCGUUCUUGCUGAUCUUGUCUAUGUGUCAUUGUAAAUAUUUGUGCGUCCAUGCUCCAUUUUGGCUACUGGAUGGCCAAGUCACAUGAAAAGAUUGAACUCAAGUAUUUAUUCUUUAAUUGUGUUAUUCAGAUUUCUUUCAGGCUUGUGAAUUGCACCUACAGUGUUUUAGUUUAACCACCUAGUCCCCACAUCCAUCCCUCCUGCAAAGCACAUUCCAUUGCUAAAAGAAAAAGAAAUAUAAAUUGCUUCCUGUUUUCUGUAUAACUGUUUUGAUAGUUUGAGAUGUUUGUCUAUAAUGGAUAUUCUCACCUCAAAGAUCGUGUAAAUAAUUAUAUUUGUUUCCUCAAUGGGUCGUUUAUUUCUAAUGAGGCUGCCAGUUCUCAGAGAGAGUCUAUGAAGUCACUUUGAAAUAACACACACAGGGAUUACAUCUAUGUAAAAAAAAAGUGUGCAUAUGGAUAAAGACUGGGAACACAGAUAAUUGGAAUUGGUUGUGUUAGGGUGGUGGGAUUAUGUGAAAUGUUUUUCUUUCAGAAAUUUUCUUUCUUUGAUAUUAUUAUAUUAUUAAUUUAAAUAAAUAAAAAACAGAAAGAGAACUAUAGAAACAUAGAAGAGAUGCCAGGAGCAGAUGCCUUCUGGCCAGAGCCCAGAGCAUGCAGGGCACAGAUAUUUCCUAGUUACAAUUAUUCUGUAGGCUUUAUACUUGCCUAGGUACUGAGGUUGGCACAUGCUCAGGUAUGGCACAUGCUUUCUUAUGAGACUAUUAUCUAAGUCAAAGCUAAGGAGAUGUCACUGCUAGAACUCCAAAUGUAUUCUUCUGCUAUAAAACAAGCUGCCCUCAGCUUUGGUAUGGCAUCCGGGUGUCUAUUUUGUUUGCCUUAGAUUGGAGAGCUGACACCUUGAUUAGCCCCUUUGAUAAUAUUUGUUUCAGGUACCCCUUUCUAGAUUGUCUUAAAAGAUUUUCAAAGUCAAUUUUGGAAGGACAGAAGGAUAAAAGAGCUAAUUCUCACCAUUUCCUUGCAUAACAAGACCUAUCAUUCUGGAAAAAUUCUUUAAAUGGCCGUAAGCAAAGCCCAUUGGUUUCAAUAGAAAUUACCAUAUAUAAUUAAACCUAACUCCGAAUUUCUUAAGAGAAAUAUUUAGGAUUGUCUGUCAGCAUUCAGUUCCAGUCCUAUUAGUUUUGGCUUGGGAUGGUCUCCUUGUACUCUUGUGCUGCAUAAUUAUAGCUUGUAGUCAGCAAUUGUGGUUUUUUUCAAGAGAAAGAGAGACCAACCACCGAAAGAGAAGAAAUUCCUCCUAACUCACCAAAGCAAUUUUAGGUGAGAACUUCAAUAAUGUAUGUCAUACAGUGUCAAUCAAAAGCAGACCCUACCCCCAUAAUUCUUUUACUUAGCUAUUGACAAUACAUAUGGAAGUCUUAACCUUGCCAUCCUGGUUGAAUCUCGUCCUUCUCUGAGCUUAUUGCAGUUAAUAUUCACCUAAACAAAUGAUGGCGUGUGGUAUAAACAUCUCCCAGUCUUGGAAGAAGAAGCCUGAAAUUCAGCAUUUGUAAACCGACAGUCUAAUGGGCCUGGGAUUUGGAAUAACCUUAACACACAAUACUGAACAUAUAUUUGCAUGUGGAUUGGAAAGGGAAUAAAUAGGGCCUUGGGAAUAAGGGAAAUGUUUCUCUUACGAAAGAGUUUUUCAAAAAAGACAUAUUUCUACUAUAGUUUUUGGUUGUUUGGCUUUCAGUUUUAUCACUCCUUUUCUGCUUCAUACUCCUUUAGUAAUCAAAUAUAUCUAACCCAACUUCUCAUGCAUGGGAAUGUCUGUUUAUCAUUAAACAGUAUCUAACUGAAUCUGCAAAUGUGGGAAUCAAGAUAUCACCUUGUGCACACCUCUGACUAUAUAUAUACUAUCAACUUGUAGCAUUUAAUGCCACUUAAUAUCAUUGAACUUGAAAGGUAAACUUAUAAAAUCUAAUUAGUGCCAUCAGAGUCUCUACAGAAGCUGCCAUCGGGUGAAUGCUGUCCUGUAAUACCAACAGUAAGGCAAGUAGUAUGUAUGUUCAUCCGAUUUGGAACCUAGAAACAAACUGACAACAAUGCUGGAGAAUGAGUCAGAUGUAAUAGAAGUGACCCUGGCCAGGAAAGAGACAUAGGUGUUAACAUGGGCAUUUUGCCUAACUUGCUGUGUGACCUCGAGCAAAUUACUUGACCUUCCUAUUUAUUCAUCUAUAAAAUAAGGGUGUUAAAUUAACUGCUCUUCAAGGUCUUUCUAAAAGCUCUGACAUUGUAUGGGGUAACAGUUUGCCUUACAAAUUUAACCUGCCAAAGCGAUGGCAAAUAUCACAAGCUUAAACCUGGAUCUCUUAUGUUGCAGUUACAUAGAACUAUGUAAGAUGGAAAAACUCAAGUAAAUGAAGUUAACAGCACCAGAGAAUGUAGAUCAAACUCAUGGAAACCUUCCAACUUCUUCACAAUGGUUUUGUUUUUAUUUUAAUGUCGUUUUUCCACUGAAUGUUCCCAGUUUUCAUUUUCUAUACACUGUGUGUAAAGUCUGGUUUCCAUUAAGCUGUGGCUAGCAUUUGCUACUAGAACAGAAAUUCACUGUCACAUUUCAUAGAAUAAAACUUGGGCCUCUCUUUUCCUAUGAAGCAGUUAUGGGCCUUAGAGCAUUAAAGUAGAAAUGGCACAGGAUGGCAGAACCCAAGCAUUUGAAUGGCUAAGACCACAGAGUGGACCUAUGUACUUACAAGUUGCAAAAAAGAGCAACGGAAAGGCAAUUGCAUGCUUUUAGCAAACAAAUUAACUGUUGGGUUUAAAUAAAACAUUUCUCAUGGAAAGUCCCACAGCAAUUGGCUAGUUAUAUAAGCAUGCUAUUGAAAAGAAGAUAAACCAGAAGUUAGUUUAGUGGAUGGUCCCUACUGUCUGCCUACAGCAAAGUGCCAACCGGCCCUGAGUGUGAAAUUCAAGUUCAAUGUGUGUGCUUGUGUGUGGUGUGCUUUUUGGACCCGCAUAUACUAUAUUCAUUAGUGAUGGUAAGAUCUUUCACCAUUAAUGGGUUGAGUUUAAAAAUCUCAGUACAUCUGACAGUAGGAGCCAGAUCACGUGGAUACUGAUGUCUACUGGGAUUGAACUCACAACAUCCAAAUAAAAUAAAUUGAGGAGGAUCUUCAUUUUCACCAGUUUUCGGCGUUGUAUCUCAUUUGGCUGUGCAUUACUUUUGUCAAAAUGUGUUAUUUGUAAACCCACGUGUAGUGAAAUUCUGUAAUUUUGAGUUAAUGGUAUUUAUGGUCUUAUGUUUGUUUGAUUUUUCAGUAAGUUAUUUCUUUUGUAGACUUGCUGAUGGUAUGACUCCAUCCCUCUGCCCUCAGCAGCUGAUGUUUUUGAGGAUUUUAAUUUUUGGUAUUUUUAUUUUAAAUUGUGGUUGAAGCAAUAGCAAUUUGAAAUAUGGAUUGUGCAUGACUGUGUCUUGAGUGUAAAAAUAUUGCAGUUUGAAACUUGGACCUAAAGUAUUGCAAAUAAAAUGACAAACAUCAA